ACAACAAGAAACCCAACCAAGCCCGACAACACCCUCUAAAAACCGGUGAGAAAGCUUGGUUUUUGCCUUUCUUUUCUUGUUCAAGAACCAGAUUUGGAGCUUAGAAACCUUCUCCCCCUGCAAGAAAUUCCGGAUCUGCUUUGCUCCUUUCUCCCUUCCAUCCGCUGCUCUUGAUGUGGGUGUGAUUUGCUCCGGUUUCUGAUUCCCGAAUUUUCCCCUGCACUUCCCGCCCGCAACUCCCCCAAUCUGCAGCUUCGGGUUGCUUCCUGGAUUUCCUGGUAAGUGACAGCUUAAUCUAAGUCCAAAUUACCGUUAGUUGCUGAAGUUUGUCCGUUAAUUUGCUGCCCCUGUGAUGUCCGAAAUUCUGCAGAAAAAAAGGGAUAAAUUCCGGCAGCCUUUGAACAUGUUUUAAGUUUAAUUCAUGUAGAAAAUUAACUUAUUUUGGCUGCUAUGAUUUUUGGAGAAAGCCCCGUGAUUUGCUAUUGUUUUGCCAAAGUUCAGGUUCUCCCUUUUCUGUCCUUGAAUUUGGAAAUUUUGGUUGGUGAUUGUUCUGUCACCCGAGCACUUGGCUUGAGUUUCCAAUUUUAUGCGAUUGAGGAGUGAAUUUUUUGUGUUAUGUGACUGAAGUAAGUAAAUUAUGGUAACGCCCUCUGAUUUUAAAGCACAUUUUAGCUUGUUUUUGAAGUGGUGGCGAGACUAAACUCGUUUUACACAAGUAUGAUCGAUUUGAAAUGAAAUUAUUAUUCUUUUCAUUGAUUUGAGCAUGCCUUCUUGGAGUUUACUUAGCUGUUCUGAUGAUCUGAAAAUUAUUUGUAAAUUAUGAUUUUCUUGUUAACUUCAGCACAAGUAUGAUCGAUUUGAAAUGAAAUUAUUAUCAUUUUCAUUGAAUUGAGCAUGCCUACUUAGAAUUUACUUAACUACCUUGAUGAACUAAGAAUUUUGUACAUUCUGAUUUUUCUAUUAAAUCCAUGCCCACAUGGAAAUUUUUCAGUUUAUUUCUGAAAUUUGAGAUUUAUUGUGAAUUAUGAUUUUUUUGUAAAUCUUGCCUGGUUUUGUCUUUGAUAUGGUCAUGUUAUUCGUGUGCCCACUAGUGGGAGGUUUAUAAACGCUAGCACAUGUCGACAUGUUACUGAUAGAACCGGUUCGUUUUUGUUCUACUGUUAUCUUGCUAGUGGGAUUAUAUACUAGUAAAUCGUGUGCCUGCCAAUGGGAGGUUUAUAACACUGGCCAUGACCUAUAGAGGAGACGUCUAUUUUACUUCCGUACUAGUACUUGUUUUUCGUGAUUAUACUUGUUGGCAUGCUAUAAGUUUAAUUAAGGGCUAUCCAUAUU